AUAUAAUAUCCCCUUACACCCAGGCUAGUAGUUACAGUUCCUACCUCCUCCUUCUUUUUCCAAUUUAUAUACCACCCUUUAUCAAAAGAUCUCAGGGUGGUAUACAACAUUCAAAACACAUUACAAGACCUCAGUGAUAAAAACACAGUAAAAAGCAUAUUGACAGACAGCAUAAUGGUGAAAUUAUAGUAAUACCCACACUUCUACAGGACAUAGAUUAUUUAAUAGCCAUGGGCCUGGGUAAAGAGGAAUGUUUUUGCCUGGUGUCUAAAGACAUGUAAUGAUGGCACCAGGCGAGCCUCCCUUGGGGAAAGCAUUCCACAAUCGAAGAGCCACCACAGAAAAGGCCCGUUCCUUGUUUCCACCCCCCAACCUCUCUUUGGCCUUAACUUGAGUGAAGCAUUGCAGAUAUGCUCAUAUGAACCUGCCCAGGUUCUGUUCUCCCAAGAGCAUGGAAGUUCCAUGGCAGUUGGAGUCUUAGAAUGAUAGAAGUAACGGGAAAUAAACAUUAUCCCAGGACCCUUCUUGCUCUGUACUUUACCUGCCCCCACCUCCUGCGUAAUUCUAGGGCAAGGCAAGGAUUGGGUUAAAGGCAAAUACAAGCAAAGCCUGUCCAAACUUAGGCCCAAUGUCUCUUCACAGGGCCAUAGGUUUUUCACUUUCCCUCAUCCACAUUGUUCUGCUCUUCAUCGUCCAUGCAUCUCAUGGCUGGAUGAUGACUGACUCUCAAGUAGACGAGUAUCAUGCUGGCCUCUGGACCAUCUGCUCAGAAAAAUUUGGAUGCAAACCCCUGAGACCUCAUGAUGUGCACCUGGACCUCAUCCGAUGCUUCAUGGUGCUAGCAACACUUGCAUCUGUCUCAGCUAUGCUAUGGACAGUGGAAUGGGACCACGUCAUCCACUGCAACUACUGCUUUCCUCCCAAAUCCCUGAUUACUUCCAUCUUCAACUUCCUUGCAGGAAUCUUUGUGCUGGUUGCUGUGGUGGUGUUUCACAUCAAAGUCAACCAGUUAUCAACAGCUGUGCCUCCUGCUAAGAAAUGGGCUUUCUACUUAAGCUGUGCCAUCUGCAUCCUGUGUUUCUUGACAGUAUCCCUGAAUAUCACCCGGAUCUUCAUGAUACUUGCUCUCAUUAUGUCCUUCGUAGCUUUGGCAUUAUCAAUGCCAUGGGAGUGGAUUGUUCGCUGCUCCUCUCCCUUUCUUAGCAGACCUCUGCUUAUUUCCAUCUUCAGCUUCAUUGCAGCAAUCUGUUCGCUAAUUGCUGUGGUGGUAUUUGGGGUCCAAGUUGAUCGGAAAUCAGACUCCGCACAUCCUUCUGGGAAAAUUGCUUUUUACUUAAGCUGUUUCACCUCUGCUUUUUCCUUCUUGGCAGCUGUUUACAAUGGUUUGGUCCACAAGUUUUCACUCUGGGAGGUUGCAAGCUCAGGCCGUGUUGAAGAUACACAAAAGCCGGAUGAGACAGCCUAGAAGCCAAGGCCUGCGAGCUCCAUCGCUCUCCGAACAAAGUGGACUCUAAACCCGCAGACCUAUUUGCUCCAUGGACGUGUGAGGCUGUGGAGUGACCUCAAGCAGGGCACGUCACAAUCUUCAUCUCCUUUGAGAUCUCCUCUGCCUGGACUCAUUUUGACAGGGCAAUCCAUCAAAAAAACUUCUUUUUGCCUACAACACUUUGGACACUGCUGAGUAAUCCCUUUGUGUCUCAGUGCUGCUCAGUAAUCCUGGAAAGAACAUUACUUGGGGAGAUAUUUUUCCUCUUCAGUGAAAUACCCCUCUCCCACCUGAACUCUUCUCCUCUUUGUUAAAAUCAGUCAAUAUAUUUCUCUUGGCAGAACUCAUAUGGACACAUAUUUCUAA